AUGGGGGGCAAGAGCGCUAACAAGGCUGGCUACUUCGACAAGCUCAAGGGCUUGUUGGAGGAGUACAAGUCCAUCUUCAUCGUCUCCGUCGACAAUGUCUCGUCUCAGCAGAUGCACGAGAUUCGCCAGGCCCUCCGCGAUCAGGGUGUGGUCCUGAUGGGCAAGAACACCAUGGUUCGCCGUGCCCUCAAGACCUUCCUGGUCGACUCCCCCGAGUACGAGCGCCUCCUCCCCUUCGUCAAGGGCAACGUUGGUUUCGUCUUCACCAACGGUGACCUCAAGGAGAUCCGUGACAAGAUCCUCGCCAACAAGGUCGCCGCCCCCGCUCGUGCUGGUGCCGUCGCCCCCGUCGAUGUCUGGAUUCCCGCUGGCAACACUGGUAUGGAACCCGGCAAGACCUCUUUCUUCCAGGCCCUCGGUGUCCCCACCAAGAUUGCCCGUGGUACCAUUGAAAUCACCACCGAUCUCAAGCUCGUCGAGGCUGGCGCCAAGGUCGGCCCCUCCGAGGCUACCCUGUUGAACAUGCUCAACAUCUCUCCCUUCACCUACGGUAUGGGCAUCGCUCAGGUCUACGACCAGGGCAACACCUUCCCCAGCUCCGUCCUCGAUAUCAGCGAGGAGCAGCUCCUGAAGGCCUUCUCCAGCGCCAUUACCACCAUUGCCGCUGUCUCCCUGGCCCUCAACUUCCCCACUCUCCCCUCCGUCAUCCACUCCCUUGUCAACAGCUACAAGAAGGUUCUCGCUGUUGCCAUCGAGACCGAGAUCAGCUGGCCCGAGAUUGAGGAGCUCAAGGACCGCAUUGCCAACCCCGAGGCCUAUGCUGCCGCCGCCCCUGUCGCCGCUGCUGACUCUGGCGCCGCCGCCGGUGGUGCUGCCGCUGAGGAGGAGAAGGAGGAGGAGGAGGAGUCCGACGAGGAGGGUGGCUUCGGCGAUCUCUUCGGUUAA